GCAUUGCUAGGACUUGGGCCAGGAUUAUUGGUGAUUGCUUUAGAGCUGGGCCUGUUACUCCUCGGGGGAAUGGUCAAUCUGAGUCUAUUGCUCCUGGGAGGACUGGUACAACUGUGGCUUUGCCUGUUGAGGCUUGUUGUGGAAAUUGGAGCAGGCUUAUUCUAGGGAGUGUGGUAGAACUGGAGUUGGAGCUACCUAAACGCUACAAUAUGUUGUGAUACCUGGGGGAUAAAAAAUAGCUUAAGGAAACUGGUACGUUGAUGAGAUUUUUAAUAAGUCAUGUGUGUUGGUAGUGAAAGAAAUAAAGAGGCUUCCAACGUGUCUGUUUAUUUGUGUGUAUAGUAGGAUCUUGUGGGAUUUUAUUUUUGUUUGCUAGCAGUCUGAAGAAAGUGAGGUGCUUUGUUCAGGAGAGUUGGAGUAACGGGAUUUUGUACAUCACAGUGGCGUUGGGCCGUAUGCAUGCAUGGCAGCUGCUGUGAGCUGCAGGCAGAGUGCAGCCAGAGGCCUGGCAACAUUUGGACUCAGGCAGCGGCGACUCUGCUGUGGGAAUCUUCCGAGGACACGGGGCAAUGACUGCUACUACUAUUUGACCUGGAGACGGAGUACCUUGCCUCUCUGCCAUAAGCAGAAGCUCGAGGUGUGCAAUGGCAGGUCCUCCCGGCGGAUUAGCAGCUCAGCGUGGGCCACACAGGCUGCUGCGCAAGUUCAGUACCAGACCAAGAGACGGCCAGGUGUCGCACUGCAUACGGCGGGUGCCCAUAGCCUUAACUUUGGGCCAAACCAUUUUCCGGAUUUGGAACGGGCCCAGGUACCCAUGUAUGGUCUCUUGCACAGUGCCUGCAGUGGAAAGUCACUCCCAAGUGACAUACGCCUGCAAUCCCUCAUCUGUAUCCUGGACGAGAAGGUCAGUAUGCAGCUGGUUGUGAGUGGCCGGGGAAAGGAGCAGACUGCCCUGCUGGAGGUGCCCUGCUCCAGGUCGGUGCAUUUGCAGCAGCUGGUGGCCUCCAGGCUGGAAAGUGUGCCUGCUGAGCGAGCAGGUGCACUUCUACUGGCCCAGCUCGAAGGCAUCUUGGAUUCAAUCACGACCGUUGAUGGGCGCAACGCAGAUGAUAUUGCAGUAGAGCAGCAUGUCUCCUCUAAUUCUGACAGGAGGGCAGUGGUGAAAGAACUGGUGGACGAGUGUGUCCCAAAAUCACUGGCAGGGAAGCCUGAGGGAACUGGAAUGCCCCUUGCAAGUGUGCGACUUCCCCAACCAGAUGAACCCUCUGAGACCACAGCGAACCUUUGGGAUGUGCACGAGGGGCACCUGGACUCUGUGAGGUCACUGUUUGACAGUGAGUACUGUCCGAUGCCAUACCACUUGGGUUUUGAGCACCUGACAAUUCCUGCACAACCACUUGGAGCAUUGGCUGCUUUCAGUGGCACUGGUAACCUUGCAAGUGCGAGUUCUCACAAGAGGGAACCCAGUAUGGAGGAACAUCUAGCUGUCCUUUACGAAAAGCUGAGGGUGGAG